CUCUUUUACAUAUGGCGGAGACAGAAGGCUAUAACGAAUAAAAGCAACUUUUCAGACCCCUCCAUCUACGCUGUCUGUCCCUAUUGACAACCCCCCACCCUACAUGUCUGCUUCCCACUCCUGCGUUCUGAGACCUCACCUAACGGAAGAGAAUAAGAAGGAGCUGGUUCCUCUGCUCACCCCCUUUUCUCCUGGCCUAAGCCAGCAUCGCAGGCACUGGAACCCUGGGCACAAUGAUCCGUCGGGGCUCCCAAGGCGAUGUUCCGCUUGGUCCUGGACUGCGAGCGUCUCUGGAUGGGUCUGGAAUUCUGCAAAUGUAAAGGAGAGGCAUACAUGAGGAGAUCGCAGCCUGUGCCUGAGCUUCCUGCGCCCGAAUCCCUUUGUUAGGUAGGACUUCCCUCUCUGGAUAUAGUCGCUUCCCCUACCCUUAAAUCCCAUCUCCCCCCCCCCCCCCCCCCCACCCAUCCUCACUGUCCGCAGUGUCGUUUAUGUUCUCUGACACCUGCGGGGAAAUGGGGCCUCUGCACCCUGCAAUAUGAAAACCCGACAGAACAAAGACUCGAAGAUGUCGAUGAGGAGCGGAAGGAAAAAGGAGAGUGUGGGCCCAAGGGAGGAGCGCAGAGCGAGGGGAAGGGCGUCUCCUGGUGCCAUUAGCACGUCCAGCAGUGACUGCAAGAGUGAGAAGGGCAGGCCAAGCGCAAAGAAGGGCCGCAUGGAUGACGCUGUCCCUAAAAACAGCAAACGGGAAAGAGUGAAAGACUCCUCCGAGAGUGAAGGGGAGACGGGGAAAACCCAGAAGAAAGUUAAAAUGGAGUCUCCAGAAGUCCCCCGUCCACCCCCCGAUGAAGAAAGCUUGGACUGUCAGAGUGGAAAUGAAGACGGAGGGAGCGACCCUCGCGAUAUUGACCAGGAUAACCGCAGCACAUCGCCAAGCCUGCACAGCGGGGACAGUGAAAGUGAUGCAUCCUCUGUCCCUUCACCAAAAUGCUUUCCGUCUCUGUACAGAGGACCUGGCUCACCCCAACCUCCAGCCUCCCCAGUUGCUGAUGCUCCGAUCCUGCCACCACCUGCUCAGGCUUCCCAGCCACCUGCACAGAGUGAACCUCAGACUGCGAGAUCUUACCAGCCCCCACAUCUUCCACAACUGUACCCCAGCACCGGUGGGAUGGCCAAAGCUGGGCCUACACAGACCUCUCAACCCAAGCCUCCACCCACUACCCCUAUAGCAGGGCUUGGCUCCCCGAGGCCACUGGCUUCUCCCACAGCUCCUUCUUCUUUACCCAACAGCUCUUCUUCCACCACGUCCUACCCCCAUGUGUCGCACAACCUGCCUCCACCCCCUGCCUUGCGCCCACUUAAUGCCUCUCCAGGACUUCCAUCCCAGGUGGUAGAGAAAACUGUGCAACCCCUACCGUCUGCUCCUUGUACACUUCGAUACCCUCCUUACCCUGGACAAUACCCAGCUGGCUACCCUCACCAAUACCCUACACAGGGAAAGUAUGGGCAGCCUCAGCCAGGGCCCCAUCCAUCUUGGGGGCAAGGUGGACAUAAUUAUGGACGGAAUGAUGGCGCUCCCCGAUAUCCUCAGCCGCCUCCUCAAAAUGGACAAGCAGGUGGGGGGCAAAAUCUAGCAGGGGGAUUCAGUGCUUCCCACCACGGAAGCACCCGUGCCCAGUCCCCUCAUAACAACCACCCCCCUCACCCAAUUCCUACAGCAGGGGCCAUCCAAGCUCCUGCACCCCAAAGCAGUGUUCUCCAUCCUCAUGGAGGGGCAACAGGUGGACAAGGUCAAUCUCCUAACCAUAACACAAACAAUUCCCACCACCCUCAUAUUCUACCAAACCGAGGACGUUCUCCCACCCCACAAAGUAACCAGCCACCAGGCGGUGCACCACAGUCCAACCAUCACCCUCCUCAUGUCCUUCCUGGAGGACUCCUAUCUCCAAGUUCACACCAUCAGAAUAGCGCCCAGCUCACAGCUCCUGGGCCAGGAAACAGUGGUGGCCAAUCACCUGCACCCCCCAAUACUUCUCAUGUCUCAUCCCAGUCCUCCUCCACUGGGGGGAAUUUAGGGUACCCCUCCCAAGUGGAGCCCCAAAAUCCACAGUCCACUCAUGCUGCCUAUCAGCCCCAUUCAUCUGCUCCCGUUUGCCAUUAUCCGCCAAACUCUCAGGCUUACCCCAAUUACCCAUUCCAGGGCUAUAAAGGAGCAGCUCCCCCAGCCCCAAAUUAUAAAGGCGGGCCUCCUCCCCCUUAUAAACCAGGAUCUUUCCCUGUCUCCACUCCACCACCCAUUCCUGCGCAAGGGUUUAAAGAGUCUUCACCCCCUGCUCCUACAAAUGCCGCUCCACCUGCACCCCCGCCUGCUCCUCCCCCACCAGCACCGGCUCCUGUGCAGAUAAAACAGGAGCCCCCCGAGGAGUGUGAACCGGAUGGAGAAAGUCCUAUUCCACCUGCCAGCAGCCCCUCGCCACCACCCAAGCUCGUGGACACGCCAAGUCAUGCCAGCCAAUCUGCAAGGUUUAACAAACACCUGGAUCGGGGAUACAACUCGUGCUGUCGGACCGAUCUCUAUUUUGUGCCCUUGGAAGGGUCAAAGCUUUCUAAGAAAAGAGCAGAGCAGAUUGAGCGAGCGCGGAGAGAGAGCGAGCAGCGAGCACGAGAGGAACGUGAGCGAGAGAGGGAGAGGGAGAGGGAACGGGAGCUGGAGAGGAACGUGAAACUGGAUUCUCGGCCUCACGACUGUCCUCAGAUGUGCCCCCAGCCUCCUCACCACGCCUCCUUAGCGUUACCCUCCCCAUCCUCUGCCCCAUCACGCCCGCCGCACUUUGAACCUCCGGGGGCUGUGGCUGCCGUCCCCCCUUACUUGGGACCUGACACCCCUGCCCUCCGUACGCUGAGUGAGUACGCUCGCCCCCAUGUACUCUCACCAGCUGGGCGAGCACCGCAGCCUGGCCACCCCCCACACCACCCUUUUUAUCUCCCGCUUGGGGACCCGCUUCUUGCCUACAACCUGCCGGCUGUGUUUGCCAGCGACCCUUCCCGGGCAGAGAGGGAGCUGCGGGAGAGGCUGAAACCUGGGUAUGAAGUAAAACCUGGAGAGCUGGAUCCCCUCCACCCAUCCGGCCUGCAACCUCCACCACCCCCGCAUCAUCACCCUCCCCCUCCACAGCCACCACCCUCCAGUGCAGGGGUCCAAGCGCAGAUGGGUUUACACCCUGCCUUCUCCUAUCACCAUGGGCAGCAUUCACAUCAACAUGCCCUGGAAAGGGAAAGGCUAGCCCUGGGGGCCGCUGGGGGCGGGCCCGGAGCUGGGCCAGGAGGGACCGGAGGAGGCGGAGGUGCCCGAGGCGAGCUGUCCUACGCUGAGCGCCUGGCUGCGGAGCGGCAGCACGCGGAAAGGGUGGCGGCCCUGAGCGGAGACCCUCUGACCCGACUGCAAAUGCUGAAUGUCACGCCGCAUCAUCACCAGCACUCGCACAUCCACUCACACCUCCACCUACAUCAGCAGGAUGCCAUCCACGCAGCUUCGGCCGGUGUGCACCCUCUAAUGGACCCACUCACAUCAGGUUCCCACCUCACGCGGAUCCCGUACCCUGGAGCUGCUCUACCAAACCCACUCAUCCCGCACCCUCUGCAUGACAGUGACGUCCUGCGCCAGCAGAUAUUUGCCUCCCCUUACAGAGACCUACCUUCUUCCCUCUCUGCUCCUCUCUCCGCCGCUCACCAGCUACAGGCCAUGCAUGCGCAGUCUGCCGAGUUACAGCGCCUAGCUCUGGAGCAGCAGCACUGGCUGCAGACGCAUCAUUCUCUGCAGGGCGUUCCCCUCCCCGGACAGGAAGACUACUACAGUCAUUUGAAGAAAGAAACUGAUAAAACCCUGUAAUAAAGUCACGGAGAGAGAGGUCAUCUCAAGGCUUGCAGCCAUCUGAUUGGACAAGAUGACUUCUCUGUUUCAGAGCAGCGGCUCCGGUACCCGAAGAGCCAGAACUAUAUCAUGUGACCAAAAGAGACACCCAAGCGACUAAAGAGAGACAUGCUGUGACAGAGCAUGGAAAACUGUAUGAGAGAGACACCUGGACACGCAGCGUGACACACUUUGCGCCAAAGAGACAUGCUGUGACUGCGACUCAGAUACACCUUCUUACGUGCGAGACAGAUCGCCAUGCCCGUAAGACGGCGAUGCUCCGUGAUUUAUAGACACCCUUCUACAGCGAGACAGCCCUUAACUGACAUACUGCACCUUGAGACCUAGAGUGAACCUGAACUCGAGAUCCAUUUCCAGAAUAAGGCACCCUGUGACACUGAGAGACACCCUUGACAGUCCGAAACACUCACACGGGAAAGUGCACUGUGAGAAGUUAUAUGGAAUAAAAGUGACUGCCCAAAUGACCGACAGCAGCACUUGUGACAGACGGAAGCACCUUCUAUAUCAGAGACCCUUCCUAGGGCAGAGAGACAUCAGUAGAGCAUCAGUGACACAUGUAGAGAUUUCCUCUGGCAGAGAGACAUCCUGCAAAUAGAGAGGCAUGCAAGGUGUAGAAAGUGACAGCUUGCUCUCAGUCACCUGACAUCUCAUGGACAUUUUCUAUGUAUGUUUCGUGUCACUAAUAGUUUGCUCUGCGCUCUCCCCCUGUAUGUGUGUGUCUGGGUGUAAUUGUGCGUUCGUAUCGUGACACGUCUGCAAGGGUGGUGGCUUAACUCAUCUGAGACUGAUCGUAUGCUGAGACAUUUAGAAGGGAGAUCUAUCAAUGGAGGCAGUGUAGGGGACACCAGUAUAGUUAUAUAGACUCCAUAUUAACGUGGUCCGUGUUGUGUGUGCACUUCCUAGCUUGGUAGCAUUAUGCAUGCCGAUCUGAGGUAAUGUACCUCUGUCACUUCCACAUAACAGAGGCGGCCAUUUUAUGACAGAGCCAAUAUUCAUGGAAGUUUAGCCUUUCAACUCAGAAGCAAAUAGUUGUCGAGGCAAGAGGCACAAAGUGCCUCAUGCCUGGGUGAUGUCACCAGUUUAGGGUCGAUCUUCCCAGCAAUGUCCCUAAUAUCCUCUAGACCAGGCAUGUCCAAACUGCGGCCCUCCAGCUGUUAAGAAACUACAUAUCC